CUGGUGUGUUCCUUCUCCCUGUCAAUAAUCCCGAAUCCAGACUCAGUCGCUUUCUCUGUACUUCCAUCCCCUUUCGCGAUCUGUCAAUCAGCGCCGCCUUUGAACUGAAAAGCACUCAGACCAACUUCAACUCCCUCAAUCCAAGCGGCACAAGCUCCGUCCACGGCUUCUCGAUUUGUGGGGACUAGUCGAUUUUUUUCCCACCCCCCAACUUCCCCACCCCCUCGAUUAUUGGCGAUUGAUCGGAGGAGCUUGGGACUACGCAAAACUGAGAGGUACCCCCGCCCCAAAAGAAAAAAAAAAUAAAAUAAAAUAAAAGAAAUAAACAAAAACUUCACCUUGGACUCCUUUCUUUCUCCUCCCCCCAGAACCGGCAGGAGGGAGCAGCCUCCGGGAAAAAACAAAACAAACAAAAAAAAAAAACAAAAAAAAAAACAGACAACCAUCAAAACUUUUUCUUUGCUUCCAAAAUUGCUCAGGAAAAAUGCCGCAGCUGAACGGCGGCGGAGGGGACGAUCUAGGGGCGAACGAUGAGCUGAUCUCUUUCAAAGACGAAGGGGAGCAAGAGGAGAAAAACUCGGACAACUCUUCGGCCGAAAGGGAUUUAGCUGAUGUCAAGUCUUCUUUAGUCAACGAGUCCGAAAUUAAUCAAAAUAGCUCGUCCGAUUCCGAGGCGGAAAGGCGGCCUCCGCCUAGAACAGAAACUUUCCGAGACAAAUCCCGAGAAAGUUUGGAAGAAGCUGCGAAACGGCAAGAUGGAGGUCUGUUCAAGGGCCCACCGUACCCUGGCUAUCCGUUUAUCAUGAUCCCGGACCUGAGUAGCCCCUACCUGCCCAACGGCUCACUGUCCCCCACCGCCCGCACGUACCUACAGAUGAAAUGGCCGCUGCUUGAUGUUCAGGCAGGGAGCCUUCAGAGCAGACAAGCACUCAAGGAUGCUAGGUCGCCAUCUCCAGCACACAUUGUUCUGCCCCCAAGUAUAGAUGGAUGGCUACACAUGUCUAACAAAGUGCCUGUUGUGCAGCACCCUCAUCACGUGCAUCCGCUUACACCGCUGAUCACAUACAGCAAUGAGCACUUUACACCAGGAAACCCUCCACCACACUUACAAGCGGACGUAGACCCUAAAACAGGAAUACCACGGCCUCCUCAUCCUCCAGAUAUAUCUCCCUACUAUCCAUUGUCGCCGGGUACCGUAGGGCAAAUCCCCCAUCCGCUGGGAUGGUUAGUACCACAGCAAGGUCAGCCAGUUUACCCAAUCACAACAGGGGGAUUUAGGCAUCCCUACCCUACCGCCCUUACCGUCAAUGCUUCCAUGUCAAGCUUUCUCUCCUCUAGGUUCCCCCCCCACAUGGUGCCGCCCCAUCAUAGUUUACACACAACUGGGAUCCCUCAUCCUGCCAUUGUCACACCAACAGUCAAACAAGAGUCUUCCCAGAGUGACGUUGGCUCACUCCAUAGUUCAAAACAUCAGGAUUCCAAAAAGGAAGAAGAAAAGAAAAAGCCUCAUAUUAAAAAACCUCUAAACGCGUUUAUGUUGUACAUGAAGGAAAUGAGAGCAAAAGUGGUAGCCGAGUGCACGUUGAAAGAAAGUGCGGCGAUUAAUCAAAUCUUAGGGCGAAGGUGGCAUGCCCUCUCCCGAGAAGAACAAGCCAAAUACUAUGAGCUCGCCAGAAAGGAACGGCAACUUCACAUGCAGCUUUAUCCAGGCUGGUCAGCACGGGACAACUACGGAAAAAAGAAGAAAAGGAAAAGAGAAAAGCAAGCAGGCGAGACCAACGAGCACAGCGAAUGUUUCCUAAAUCCUUGCCUUUCACUUCCUCCGAUUACAGACCUGAGCGCUCCUAAGAAAUGCCGAGCGCGCUUUGGCCUUGAUCAACAGAAUAACUGGUGCGGCCCAUGCAGGAGAAAAAAAAAGUGCAUUCGCUACAUACAAGGUGAAGGCAGCUGCGUCAGUCCACCCUCUUCAGAUGGCAGCUUAUUAGACUCUCCUCCUUCCUCUCCUUCCAUGCUAGCCUCUCCUGAACAAGACUGUAAGCCACAGACUGAACAAACACAACCUCUGUCCCUCACAAUGAAACCGGACCCUCUGGCACACUUGGCCUUGCCUCCAACCUCAUUAACAUUAUCUGAAAACUCGGCUAGCAAGUCCAGCACCAUGUCUGCAAUUGUUUGCCAGAAUGGGACAUUAGAUCACCAAGCUGCCACUUCCCAGCGAUCAUCCUCGUCACUGGCACAGCCAUCGACGUCGUCCUUGCAUUCCCAUAAUUCUUUGCCUGGGACACAGCCCCAGCCACUUUCACUUGUAACCAAGUCUAUAGAAUAGAGCCUAGCCUAGAAUUUGAUGUUUUAUUUCAUUUGUGCCACAUGGCUAAAUGUUAGUUGAUGUUUUAUCGAGUUCAUUGGUCAAUAUUUGACCCAUUGUAUUUCAAUUUCUCCUUUUAAAUACGUAGAUUAAAAGCCUCAUGAUUCUGCCAAAAUUUUUAUCAGCAGCUGUUAAGAAGGUCUUUGUAGCAUUUAAAGAAAACAAAACAUACAACUGUUAUGUAGUUCUAAUAGGUAGAUUAGGUUUAAGGACUAAUUUCACAAGGAAAAUUUAAAGGAGCCCUUACAGAAGGAGUUGGUUCUUUUUUAUUUGUAUUAAAUACGAGCUUGCGAACCAAUCAUUUUACAUCUGGUUUUUAAUCUUAAAAAUAUGGCACAGUGAAUGCAGUGCCAUUUCUUUUAUUGUGUGGAACAACUUUUAUUGUGAUGUUACUUGUUGUUGUUUAAAAGUACAAAAACAAUGUUGGGGGGUGUUAAUAUACAUUGUCCAUGGCGUUGUUUUUUGGGGGUCAGGGAAGGGUACUGCAGCUCAAGAAAAUGAAAUAUGACGCUCAUGGACCAGUAGUAUUUAUUGCUUUAGAAAUUGCUUGUUGUAUCAUGUAUGUUGUUCUUUUUUAAAUAUGUUUUCCUUUACCUAAAACAUUGUAUAAAGUUUUUUUUCUUAGUGUAAACAUCUUAUAUAUAAAGAGUCAUUUGUACAAAUUAUUAUUUUUGUUCAUUCUGCAAAACAGUUUUCACUAAAUGGACAUUAUAGACAUGCUUAUCUAUCAGAGUUGCAUAAAGUUGCUUAAAAGCCAUUGCAUAAAACUUGAAGAGAAGGGGAACACUGAAGAUAACUCAACUGAAAGCAACUUCCCUUCAAGAACUGCAGAGAGAUGUCCUUCUCAUCAGAGAUGAGAGGCUGGGUACAUAUUUUUGUGCCAAAUCUAUAGCACAUAAUUAACUUUUUGCCCCAUUUCAAGACUAUACCAUUUUCCUUUGGGUUUAUCCCAUUUUGCUGUGAUGUUACAUAGAUAGCUAUGUAUGUAGUUUUAAUGUCGCUGUAACAAAUGUGUUUGGUAGCAAGACAGUCAAAGAAAACUUCAGAUUCAAAAGGAACUCUUGUUAUAAGAUGACACCAUACGGGCCCAGGUUCAGAACACUAGGAUAUAUCCAUGGACAUUACAGACUGCCACUUUAUGUACAUUAUUACAUAUAGAUAGGUAGCAACCUUUAAAAAAAUCAAGGCAUGUUGAUGUUGCAAAAGACUGUACAAAGCUGAAAAAAUGUGCAUCCAUCCAUUCGGUGCCACUGUAGUUGAUUGACAUGAAUCAAUUGUAAAACUGUCUCAGUUUUUUUCUCUGGUUUACUAAGAUACGCUAACUAUGACAUUUUUUGUGAAUACUUUGAAUGUUUCCUAACAGCUGUGAUGUUCCUGUUCUGUUUUAUGCUCUUAUUCCGAUUUCAUUUUUAAUGGUUUGGACACCAUUUUUGUAAUGAAUUCUUGUUCAUGCUGUACAGUAUCUGUAGCAUGCAGUUCUGGAUUAAUAAAAGCAACUUAGUAUGUGCA